AUGCAAUUAAGGAUUAAAGCAAAUAGAAAGGAGUACUUUGACUUCUCAAAUAUAUCGAAUGUGAGGAAUAAUCAUUUAUAUGUAGGAUAAACAGUUUACGAUUACCACCUCAAACUAAUUAGUUCUAUUAAUGAAUUUAUUGCAAAAUAAAAACAAACCAAUAUCAAAGACAAUGGGAAAAAAUACAAUUAUUAGGAAGAAAGAUCCAGCUUACAAAAUUAAUAAUAAUAAGGAAACAAUUAAGAAAAACCCUUUAUAGAAAAAAAGAUUGAAUUUACUCGAAAAGAGGUCUUUGUUUUAUUAUUAAUGAUGUAUUCGAAUAUUUUAGAGAAGGAUAAUCAAAACAUGAAAGGAUUUUAUCAGAUUAAUAUGGAAUUAAUAAAAUAGAGUUAAUCAAAAUAAUCUUAGGAAAAACUCAAGUGUAUUCAUUCUUACUUUAUUAAUUUUUACCACAGAAUUUUAAAGUAAAAUGAUGGAGUAAGCAAUGAUUAUAAUUUGAAUUCAAAUGAAAUUCAAAGGCAAAUUUAAAAUCUUGAAAAAGAGAUUUAGGAAGAACAACAUCAACAUGAUAAAAAAAUAGAAUAAUUAAAUUAAAGGAUCCAAAUGAUUCUUAGAUAAUUUAUAAACAAUAACCCAAAGGAAUAUUCAGAAAUGUAGUAAUAAGAUGAAUUGGUUACUUUUAUUAGAAGAACUGAGUUUCGAAAUUAUAAAGAAAUAUACAAUGAUUAACAGUGUCCUUUGAGUUAGUUUCAAAAGAAUAAAGGAAGGUGUGAGGAUUAUGAAAAUUCAAUUUUAGUGAAUUUUGCGGAUAAAAAUGUAGGUGGUUUAAGUUUAGAUUCGUUAAACAUAGCUUAAGAGGAAGUUUUGAUGUUAACACAUCCUGAAGCACUUAUAAGCAUGUUAUUUAUGGAACCUAUGAAUGACAAUGAAGCCAUUCUCAUUAAGAAUCUAAUUAAAUUUAAUGAUUAUGAUGGAUAUGGAUAAACUUUUAGAUAAAAGGAGGAAGAUUAUUUUAAAUGGAAUUCUAACUCUUCCUUAAAACAAAAUAAUGAGUUUUCUCAAAGACAACAAGAUUUAAACAAAUAAAAUGACGCUCACAAUAAGAAAAUUAUCACAAAUCAUAUCUUAUGUAUGGAUGCAAUAUUCUAUUCAAAUUGGCAAAUUUAAUUUGAUGAAAAGUAUAUUAAUAGAGAAUUGGUGAAGAGUUACAUUGCCUUUUCCUUGGCUCUCGAUCACACAGAUAGUAAAUAUGUUUCUACUGGUAAAUGGGGUUGUGGGAUUUUUAAUGGGGAUAUUUAAUUAAAGUUUUUAAUCUAAUUGCUUGCAUUCUCAAAGGCUUAUUAGGAUAGUUAGUACAGGAAUGAGGAUUUCAAAAAUAAGACAGAAAAAUACAUAAGUUUUAGUUCUUUUCAUGAUGGUAAAUUUGAAUCUUUAAUUUAAUAAUACUAUUAAGCCUAAACCGAAUAAAAAUAAAACAUAACAAAAAUUAAUUAUGUGAUUGAAACCUUAAAGGGUUAGUUCAAACAAUAAAUUUCUAAGGGUUUUAAUAAAUGA